AUGGAGGUUCCGCGUUCACCAACCAUGCGGAAACAAAAUCCUUAUUUGAAGAAUAAUUGGCUAGAUGUUCAAUCAGCCCAUCUGAACGAUGUAUUUUAUGGGAUUACUGACAUAGAAAAGAAGUGGAGAACUGCUAUUUUAAAAAGUGAUGUAAGUGAAAUGUCCCGUCUUCUCAAAGAGAACCCCGAUCUUACUGCAUUGCACUUUGCUGCAAAAGCUAAUGAUGUGAUUAUAGUGAAGCUUUUAGCAGGAACAAACAAAGCCAAUGUAGAACUUCGAAACCAUGGUUUGGUACCGCUUCAUAUGGCUGCUAUUGGAGCUUCGGAAGAAGUCGCUUUUGAACUCAUGUCCAAAUAUGGUGCUAAAGCAACCAAUAGAGACUACAGCGGGAGGCUUCCGGUUAGCUAUCUUCCAGAUACGGAAGCUGGACGUCGGUUGAAGAUGUCGCAAUUGGUGUCUCAAACGCAACCUGUUCCAGCGUAUCAUUAUUCUCAUCCAACCUCACCAAUAAUAUCCCAACUCCCACCAAUGACGCCUCUGAAUUCUGCUCCUCUUCCUACUCCCAAGCCCGUCGAUUCAAAGGCUUCCCUUCAACCAAUGAAACCAUCCAUAGUGAAACAUGGAGCAUGGUUAGCUUGCGCCUCAUUCCGGAGGAAGCCAAACUUUAGCAAAGAGUCGAUUGCUUUGACUGGUGGCCACUCUGAGCUCUCCGAUGAGCAGAUCAUUAGCCGGGAUGAUCUGCCCCCCUUGACACCAACCCGAAUUACAGAUUUCCCAAAUCUCACUAGACGAUUUUCAAUAUCAAGACCAGGCGUAGGUGCCUCUGAGUAUUGUAAAAUGGUGCGUUCCACAAUUCGGCGACGGAAAACUGAACGAGGAAAGAACUACGAUCCAACAAAUCCCGAAAAUCAGCAAACCUCCUUUAGACGCCUUUCCACACUCCGAUCAUCCCUAUUUAUUGAUAGAAAAGAUGUACCCCAACCAGUCCCUCAGCAAACCAAACCUGAGACAAUCGAAAAACCCUCCACACCAAUGGCCCCCCGCUUACCGAGAAGCAAAAACAGAACAAACUUCGUCCACCAACCUCUUCCAAGUCCAUCAACAAAUUAA